UCGGUAAACGAUACCUUUCACGGUUAUAACCUACGAGUGGACUUGGCGACAAUUGCAGGUGGAAAUUUGUUGUGGGACAUGAUUCACAGAAUGCAGGAAAAGAUCAAAUGUUCUCAAUUGACGAACAUCAACAAAACGGAAUGUGCAUGGAUCCGAGACCUUAAAUACUACGCAUAUUCCACGCGAGGCUCAACACUUAACGGUUUUCUGGCUGCUUUGGAUGCAGCCGAAGUGUAUCGUCCGGACGAAGUGCGCUUUGGAUCGGCUAUCAUCGUGGAACUAUGGCGCAACGAAAAUGCUCAAUAUGAGAUCAUCGUACGCUUCCGGGAAAAAUCAUUUGGUACAGAGCUGCGCAACGUCACAAAACUUGUCGGAGUAUGUGGACGAAAGGUGGCAUGUUCAUGGAAUGACUUCGUUGCUGGUUCUGAAACUUACAAUCCUGGUGAUUUUCAAAAGUAUUGCGCUAAACGGAUCUCUCCAAUAAAUUCAACCACAACUCCCGUGUCAACAACAACCACAACUCCCGUGUCAACAACAACAACCACGAGUGGCACUUCAAGCAAAUCUUUUUCGCUCCUGUCACUUGGUAGCUACUUUUUAGCUAGUCUAAUAAUUAAUUUUUCUGUUACUGAGAUCGCUCGUCAAAAUAAUGACGAGAGUCGUUCCUAG